CCAUACUUUGUUGGCGCAGUUGUGCAGUUUGGGUGUGAAGAAUGUUACGAAUUUCCCCAAAAUGGCAGAGGAAGACCGGACAAUGAUGUGAAAUGUCUUCCUACUUUCAAAUUUGAGGAGUCGCCAGUUUGUCAGUUGAAGACAUGUCCUCCAUUAGAGGUUCCUAUAGGUGGUUUCAUCACGGAGGAAAACAACAACUGUGGGGGUCAGGUGAAGUUUGCUUGUGCAGCUGGGUCUUCAUUGGUAGGGGAAGAUACAACUAAAUGUUUACCUUCUGGACAGUGGUCAAACCCAACACCUUCUUGUACACAAG